AUGGAAGGGUAUAGCCAGUCUUCUCGACUCGUCAAUACAAGUCGAAUCGGCCUCCAUGAGAUAUGGGGUGAAUUUACCCAAGAGAUGCACACAUGGCAUCUAUCAAUACCACAGAUCUUGCUUGCCAUCGCUUUGGUGUUCGUCACCCAUCGAACUACGAUUGUUUUUUAUCGUCUCUACUUUCAUCCGCUGAGCCGUUUCCCGGGACCCAAACUGGCUGCCUGCACUACCUUAUACCGAGCUUACUACCAGAUGGUCUGUGAUGGAGAACACGUUGCUCACGAUACGAAACUGCAUGAAAGCUACGGCCCCGUCGUUAGAAUUGCCCCACACACUCUUCAUUUCCGUAAUCCGAAGGCAUUCCAGGAUAUGUUCAAGUUCACGUCGAAAUUGAUCAAAGCCAAUGAUUUCUACGACCACCUUGGCCAAUCUGAUGCCUUAUUCGGUCUCGUAGACGAGGCUGUUCAUAAGGAACGCUUCAAGCUGGUGGCUGACCUCUUCUCGCGGAAAAAGGCAUUGGAAUUUGAAGGACUUAUCGUCAACAAUGCAAAUCGGCUAUGUGAGUUGUUGCUCAAGAGAAUUGCUAGCGACGACAAGCCUGUAAACAUUGCUCGAGCAUAUCGCGCUGUGGCCCUGGAUGUCGUUCAGGACUUUGUCUUCGAUUUUGUGCCCUCUCAUCUUCGCGGCAUGCAAGACGAGUCGUUCGACACCCUUUUCGUCGACACAACGUGGGACGUUAUGGACUGGACGGCCUGGUGCUUUCGCAACUUUCCCCUGGCCCUGACAUUCUCCAACCAGCUGCCACAGCCUCUUCGACGAAUUCUAUUCCCGGGAGAGGCUGCUAAUAUUGAGUCAUUCGAUACAAUCUAUAAGCUCGUCCAAGCCAACGUGGCAGUUGGCCCUAAUUGGAAGCGAGAUAGUCUUCUCAGUCGUAUGGCUGGUAAAGUCACGAUGCGUCAGCUCACCGCGGAGUGUAUGGGAACUAUGUUUGGUGGUGUCAUAAACAUUGCCAAUAUGCUACCAUACGGGGCUUUCCGUGUCAGUCAGAACCCUACUCUACAGGAGGAGGUUUUCCGCGAGCUGGAAUCGAUUUGGUUGGAUCCCAAUGACCCGAUCCCUAGUUACAAUCAGCUGUCUCAGCUUCCUCUCUUGAAAGGUGUAGUGAAGGAGACUCUACGCCUAAUGCACGGCAUCAUCGUCGGACCUCCAAGACUCACCCCAGCCGAAGGAGCAGAGAUUGAUGGAUACUUUGUUCCCCCAAAUGUGGUUGUGACAACCUCUUCGCUCUAUUGUCAUACCAAUCCCGACGUCUUCUCCGAGCCCGAGAAGUUUGAUCCGCACCGCUGGGACGGCAACUCGUCCGAAAUGGACAAAUGGUUGGUGCCCUUCUCCAAAGGCAAGAGAAUGUGCCCUGGGAAAGAGAUCUCGAUCAUGGAGCUCUUUAUUAUUCUCGCCCUCACUUUUCGUAAAUUCAAGCUCGAGCCGGUGGAGACUACUCUCGAAGAUUUCGAUUGGAAGGUCUAUGUAUCUCUGCAUUUUAAGGGUCGUUUUUUCCACGCCAAUAUGAUCCCUCGUCCUGGUGUUGUUGUCGCAGCUUGA